AUGUCUAUGGUUGGUCAACUGACGUAUUUUCUGGGUCUACAAGUGAAACAAAGCGCGGAAGGAUACUUUAUCUCUCAAGAAAAGUAUGCCAAGAAUCUGAUUAAGAAGUUUGAGUUGGGAUCGUGCAAAUCACCUAGAACACCUAUCUCUACUUCAACAAAGUUAUCAAAAGAUUAUGCAGGUCAACCAGUGGAUUCUACUCUGUACAGAAGUCUGAUUGGAAGUCUUCUCUACUUAAUAGCUAGUCAGCCAAACAUUAUGUAUUGUGUUGGGAUGUGUGCUAGAUAUCAAUCAGCACCCAAAGAAUCUCAUUUGAUAGCUGCCAAAAGGAUUUUGAAGUAUGUCAAGGGGACUGUUCAAUAUGGUUUAUGGUAUUCAAAAGAGAGUGACAUUUGUUUAGUGGCUUUCUGUGACACUGAUUGGGCAGGAAAUGUUGAUGAUCGAAAAAGUACUUUUGGGGGAUGCUUCUUUGUAGGUAAAAACCUUGUAUAUUGGUUAAGUAAGAAGUAUAACUCUAUCUCCUUGAGUACUGCUGAUGCAGAGUAUAUAGCCGCUGGGGGUUACUGUACUCAAUUGAUUUGGAUAAAACAAAUGCUGCUGGACUAUGGUCCGUCACAAUGA